GUGUUUAUUGUCGUCAUGCUGCAGGAGAUCCUGGAUGCUCUAGUAAGUAAUGUGAACAUCGAGCUCCUGAACACUCUUCAUUACCACAUGGUGAACCGCCGACUGACCUCAGAGGAGCUGAAACAUGGAUCCUCGUUCGCCUCAAUGUUCCAGGACUUCCACGUUCACAUCCACCACUACAGCAAUGGAAUCAUGACAGUGAAUUGCGCUCGUCUGAUCAAACCUGACCAACAUGCCACCAACGGCAUUGUGCAUGUGGUUGAUCGUGUCAUCACCGCCAUCUCCAGCAACUUAAACAUGCUGAUCGAUGUUGAUGAGGACCUUGAGACGCUGUGUACGGCCAUUGCUGCUGCAGGUUUGACCCCCAUGUUGGAAAGCGAGGGUCAGUACACCAUCUUCGCUCCCACCAACGAAGCCUUCAAGAAGAUUCCUCAGGAGACCCUGACCAGGAUCCUAGGAGACCCAGUGGCUCUGAGAGACCUGCUGAACUACCACAUCCUGAAGCAGAUGCAGUGUGCUGAGUCAAUCGUGUCGGGGACUCCGAUGGAGACGCUGCAGGGAACUGUUCUGGAGGUCGGUUGUGACGGAGACCACAUGACCCUGAAUGGUAAGGCCAUCAUCACCAAGAAAGACCAGCUGGGAACCAAUGGAGUCAUCCACUACAUCAACGAGCUGCUCAUCCCAGACUCAGCGAAAACUCUCCUGGAGCUCGCUGAAGGUUCACCUGUUACCACGGCAACCACAUUGUUUGUUGAAGCUGGUCUGAGCCCCCACCUGACGGGUUCCGAAGCUCUGACCAUGUUAGCUCCGCUCAAUGACGCCUUCAAAG